AUGGAUAGUUUCAACGAAGAUCUAAAAGUUCUAGAUUUAAAUGACGAUUAUGAUCUUUCAGUCCUUAUUGAUAAAUAUGAAAAUACGUUGAAAGAAACAUUCCAGCAGCAUGCUCCACAAAAACGACGAAUUAUAACUCUUCGUCCUUUAUCACCAUGGUACAAUGAGGUGAUUGGUCAAGAAAAAAGAAAUCGCAGGAAACUAGAGCGCCGCUGGCGCGCAUCUGGACUAUGUAUUGACAGACAGUUAUAUGUCAAACAAUGUGAGACAGUGAAUGCUAUAAUAAAGAAUGCUAAGACAACAUACUACUCUUCGGUUUUUUCCAGUAAUGCACAUAAUCAGAAAGUGUUAUUUAGUACGGUGGAUAAAUUACUCCAUCGAAAGCCAGAAAAGCGCUAUCCAACUGCGUCAUCAACGACUGAACUCGUGAAUAAAUUUGCAGAUUUCGUCAGUAAUAAGAUUGCUAUCAUAUGGAAAGAACUAGCCAUUGAUUCUUCCCACUGUAAUCAGCGAAAUCAAGAGGAACAAUAUGCACAAUGCGUUAAAUUCAGUAACUUUCAAGAAGUCACGGAACAUGAGAUUGGAAAUGUUAUUGAUAAAGUUGGUAAAAAAUCUUGUGAACUUGAUCCAGUUCCCUCAAAAAUCUUUCAAGGUUGUCAGAAGACUCUCUUACCUAUAAUUACUAAGAUUAGUAAUAAGUCACUCCAGUCAGGUUGUAUGCCUGAGAAACUAAAAGAUGCGGUGUUGAAACCAAAACUAAAGAAAGAUUCGCUGGAGUACGAAGAAUACACAAAUUUCCGAUCUAUUUCAAAUUUAAAAUUCCUGUCUAAAGUAAUUGAGAAGGUUGCUGCCGGUCAGCUUCUGGAACACUUGGCUAAUAACAACUUAGAAGAACCCUUCCAGUCGGCAUAUAAACGUUUUCAUAGUGCAGAAACAACCCUAUUAAAAGUACAAAACGAUAUUCUUGUAGCCAUUGAUAAUCCUAAGUGUGUGGUGUUGCUAUUACUAGAUAUGUCAGCAGCAUUCGAUACUGUUGAUCACGAACUUUUACUACAACGAAUGUUCAAAAGAUUUGGGACAGAUGGGCAAGUGUUGAAAUGGUUUCAGUCCUAUCUUCAGAAUAGAACGCAAGGUGUAGUGAUUGACGGUGUUAAAUCUAUCUCUAAUGACUUGCGCUGUGGAGUCCCACAA